AUGUUCACUGGCCUUGUUGAGCAUCUCGGCCGUGUCGCUGCCAUUGUGGCCCUGGAUAGCACGGCGAGCGGAGGGAAUGGGUUUAGCAUGACCAUUGAAGAUUCCGCCCCGAUUCUCGGCGACUGCCAUAUCGGCGACUCGAUCUGCGUCAACGGAGCCUGUCUCACGGUCACCGAGUUUGGCGAGACUUGGUUCAAGGUCGGCUUGGCCCCAGAGACGCUGGAAAGAACCGACCUAGGCGAACGCAAAGUCGGGGAUCUAGUCAAUCUCGAACGGGCAAUGGCAGCCCACGUCCGAUUCGGGGGCCACUUUGUCCAAGGCCACGUUGAUAGUACAGUCACCGUGCUAUCUCGCGUGCCAGACGGCAAUUCUCUCAGACUCACGUUCCAAUUGCCACCGCCCACCCCUGAUCGCCCCUCGUUGCUCCCGUACCUGAUCGCCAAAGGGUACAUCACGCUUGAUGGUGCUUCGCUCACGUUGACCGAUGUAAACGACGAGGCGCAGACGUUUAGCGUGAUGCUCAUCGCCCACACGCAGGAGAAGAUCACGUUGGCUGGUAAACCGGUAGGCGCCAGAGUUAACGUUGAGGUGGACAUGGUGGGUAAAUACGUCGAGCGGGCGGUACUGGCUGCAUUGGGUGGAUCGGGCGGACAACCUGCCGAGGGAAUCGCCAAGAUCAUCGAACGUGUAGUGCAAAAGGCUGUAGCAGACGCUGCCCAGAAAUAG